AUGUUUAACAACGGGCCCAUCAAUUGUCGGAUAAUUGAGGACGUCGACCUUCCUACACCUGCAACCAAGCUCAUCAUUACGCAGCAUCUCGCAGCAUCUCGAGAUUCUCCUUUCUGGGCCUGGAUCAUUGUAGGAGCAUUCUACGACCGUCAAGGCAACACCCUUUGGAGUACCAAGAUCUUUCUUGGCUACCUGGGCGUCGACUCUGAUGGCGAGGCCACUGAUAGCGAGGGCAGCGUUUCAGUAACAGAAAGCGAAGCUGAAGAGGUAACCGGUACAUCAAUUCUAUCCUCAUUGGAACCAGACUUUGGCAUACAACGCUCCACCCGUUUGGGAUCCAGCUCGUCAAGGUCAAGUUCCUGGUUAUUGGAACGCUUCUUUCGACCCCCAAGUUUGUCGCUGGGUACAUACCUGGCAGCCACUUUGAAUCUUUUCCCCGAUACCCCCAUCUCAAGAACAUCCAUCAUGUCUGGCGGAUGGAACCCUAUGAGUGGCCGUGAUUCCAGAGGAGCUCGGCCCAAUGGUGCUCCUGCAGGUGCUCCUAUUCCUACACAAGGUCAACCCUACAUCCCUCAUGUCGGCGGGCCCGGCUAUAACUUUGGUUUAGUUCCUACUCCUUACGGUGUCAUGUAUGCUGGCGGUGCAGCAUAUGGCCAGCCUGCAUAUGUCCUCCCUCAAGGACCGGUUGCGGGGUUUCAGAACCCAUUGACCUAUGCAAACCAACCUAACGGUAACGGAAACAUCUUUGGGCGACAGACACAGCCUCACCCUCAGAUCGAUACCCAAAUGCCUGCCGCGCAGAUGACCAAUUCUACAGGCGGCGUGGGCUGCGAACCAGGCUAUAACUACUUUUUCCCUGCCGAGCACACCAAAGUCCACGUCUUCAAGAGUGAGACCCCGCCCUGGCAGCUCGAUGCCAACGCGCAAAUCCCAUUCAUUGCCUCCCAUGUCCCCACCAGCACCAAGCUGGGAGAUCUGCUCAAGGGUUUCGGCUGCACUAACCCAAACCCUAAGAAGAACAAGUGUUUCGAACUCUACAGUGGUGGAAAUGGCAAGUGGUACAAAGGAUAUUCCUUCAACGGAGACGAGGAGAACGAGAUGGAGAAGAGCCUGGAUGAGGUGGGAUGGACCUCUGAUCGCACUGGUAGUGACGAUGGCAAGCCUGUCGUCUGCCUCUGGUUCUGCAAGAGCUGA